UGUUAAAAAGGACGUGUGUCCUGUCAUGGCAUCCUUGCACUUUAAUGGGAAAGCCCUGUUUUCACCAUUCAAGAAAAGAAAUAGAAAAAAAUCUUUCACUCGAAUUCGGAGACGAGAUUUUGGAAUUUGGUGUGGAAGUGUGAAUUGGGUUUUUUGUAUUGUUAACAAUUCCAAGGAGAAAAAUGCCAAAACGAUUUUGAAAGCAGAAACCAACUACCAAUGCAAACAAGACCAACGCGUUCCCUGAUACAGAGCUCAGCUCCUUCUGUUUCCAUGGAAGUUCCCGCCAAGUAGGUUGAAAAUUAUGUGCUCCGUGUAACUCAAAAAGGACCCACCUCGUCAUCUUUUUCCAAAUCAUUUACUUUUCUACUGUUAAUUCCGUACCAAAUUUAUCCCUUUGUUUAAUCUUCUUUUUGUCUGUUUUACACUACUACUACUACUACUACUACUUUUGUUUCUGUUCAAGUUUCAAGCUUUUAGCAGAUUCAUUGAAAAUUUUUUUGAUUUCAGACUUGAAAAAUACAACAAUAGGAAGCGCCUUCAAUGAUAAAAUUAUGUUUGAAAAAUCUAAACUUUUCUUUCAAGGCACGUCAACUAUACAUUUAUGUAGGGUCAAUUCAUUUUCAUUUUACGAAUUCCAGUCAAUUAAAGCUUGAUUCCAAUCGGGUCUUAAACGAAUUAUCCAAAUCGGGUCGGAUUAAUGAAGCUCGCAAGCUAUUUGACGAAAUGCCUGAACGUGAUGAGUUCACUUGGAAUACAAUGAUAGCUGCUUAUGCAAAUUCUGGGAAAUUAACUGAAGCCAUAGAGCUUUUUAAAGAAAUCCCAAUGAAGAGUUCCAUCACUUGGAAUUCACUAAUUUCUGGGUAUUGUAGAGGUGGGAUGGAAAUUGAAGCUUUUGAUUUGUUUUGGGGAAUGCAAUUUGAGGGACAAAUGCCUAACCAGUACACGAUGGGAAGUAUUUUAAGGUUGUGUUCCACGUUGGGUUUGCUUCAAAGAGGAAAACAGGUGCAUGGUUAUGUAAUAAAGACACAAUUCGAGUCGAAUGACUAUGUUGUUACUGGUCUUGUUGAUAUGUAUGCAAAGUGCAAUUGCAUUUUGGAAGCUGAAUGUUUGUUUAAAAUGAUGCCUGAUAAGAGAAAUCAUGUGAUGUGGACCGCCAUAGUUGCAGGUUAUUCUCAAAAUGGUGAAGCAUUUAAAGCGAUUGAGUGUUUUCGAGAUAUGCUUGUUGAAGGAGUUGAGUCCAAUCAGUUCACUUUCCCCAGUGUACUAAUAGCUUGUGCUGCGGUUAAAGCUGGUAAUGUUGGCGCACAAGUGCACGGUUGCAUAGUUAGGAGUGGUUUUGAAACUAAUGUUUAUGUUCAAAGUGCAUUGGUUGAUAUGUAUGCAAAAUGCAGGGAUUUGGAUAAUGCCAUGAGAGUGUUGGAGAACAUGGAGGUUGAUGAUGUGGUUUCUUGGAACUCCAUGAUAGUAGGGUGUGUGAGGCAGGGUUUUGAAGAGGAAGCUCUCUCAUUGUUUCGGAAGAUGCAUGCUACAGAUAUGAAGAUGGAUAGUUUCACGUACCCGUCUGUUUUAAACUGUUUUGCUUCCAUGAUGGACUCGAAACACGCAAUGUCUGUUCACUGUUUGAUUGUUAAAGCAGGAUUUGAGGCUUGCAAGCUUGUGAACAAUGCUUUGGUCGACAUGUAUGCUAAACAAGGAAACUUGGAUUGUGCUUUUCAGGUGUUCAACCACAUGCCCAACAAGGAUGUGAUCUCAUGGACCUCCCUGGUAACCGGAUAUGCUCAUAAUGGUCGUCAUGAAGAAGCUCUCAAGUUGUUUUGUGACAUGAGAACGGCAGGCAUUUAUCCCGACCAUAUUAUUCUUGCAAGUAUUUUGAGUGCUUGUGCAGAACUAACAGUUCUGGAAUUUGGGCAACAAGUUCAUGCGAACUUUGUUAAAUCUGGCCUCCAAUCGUCACUAUCAGUGGAUAAUUCCCUGGUAACAAUGUAUGCUAAGUGUGGGUGUAUUGAAUAUGCAAGCAGAGUAUUCGAUUCUAUGCAAAUUCAGGAUGUGAUAACUUGGACCGCUCUUAUAGUUGGUUAUGCCCAGAAUGGUAAAGGAAAGGAUUCGGUAAGGUUCUAUGAUCAGAUGAUUGCUAGUGGCACAAAACCAGACUUCAUUACCUUUAUAGGCUUACUAUUUGCUUGCAGCCAUGCUGGUCUUUUGGAAAGUGGCCGCUCCUAUUUUGCAUCUAUGAAGAAGGUUUACGGAAUUAAACCAGGUCCUGAACACUAUGCUUGUAUGAUUGACCUCUUGGGUCGCUCUGGAAAACUUGUUGAAGCUGAGACAUUAUUAAACCAGAUGGAUGUCGAACCAGAUGCAACUGUAUGGAAGGCGCUUCUUGCUGCAUGUAGAGUACAUGGCAACUUGGAACUGGGGGAAAGAGCAGCAAAGAACCUCUUUGAAUUAGAGCCCUGGAAUGCUGUGCCGUACAUCAUGUUGUCCAACAUGUAUUCUGCUUCCGGAAACUGGGAAGAGGCUGCAAGGAUUCGAAGAACGAUGAAAUCCAGGGGGAUCAAUAAAGAGCCUGGUUGUAGUUGGAUUGAGGUAAACAGCAGAGUUCACAGAUUUAUGUCUGAGGACAGAGGCCAUCCCAGAACUGGUGAGAUCUAUUCCAAGAUCGAUGAGAUGAUGCUCCAGAUCAAGGAAGCUGGUUAUGUGCCAGACAUCAGUUUUGCUCUCCAUAACACCGAUGAAGAAGGGAAGGAGCUUGGUCUGGCCUAUCACAGUGAAAAGCUGGCCAUUGCUUUUGGACUUCUGACAGUACCACCCGGAGCCCCAAUUCGGAUUUUCAAGAAUCUCCGGGUUUGUGGGGAUUGUCACACUGCUAUGAAAUAUAUAUCCAGAGUUUUCCUUCGUCACAUUAUCUUGAGGGAUUCUAACUGUUUUCAUCACUUCAAGGAAGGACAAUGUUCUUGCGGAGACUAUUGGUAGAAAGUCUUCUGUCGGGACCAUAUAGCAUAUUGUUUCUUCAAACACUUUUCUUCUGUGAUAUAACUAACAAUAACUGUGAUCAGCAGUUACGUUGCCUUGUACCAUACACAUGCAUUUCAAGGACUAAUGGCAACAAGGAUCAAAUACAUGUAUGUUUAGGGUGGAGCAAAAUCAACCAGAUUCAAACGAAAAAAUCAAUCAAAUCGAACUGAGUUCAUUGAUUCA